AUGAAACUUCCACCUGUUCAGUAUCUGCUUGUUCUUGCCGUAAGCGCUGGGAUGUUUAUUAGUGGAGUUUCCGUUCUCGGAUAUGGUCUUUACAAAUGGAAACACCAUCCAACAGGGCCGCCACACGGAAUUCCCACUGGAAGGCCUCAUGGUGGAGGUACAACUACCGGUGGACCUUCUGUUGCUGGCACAUGUGAUCUAAAGAAUAAAGCAACAGUUACGAUAUUUUUGGUCGAUGUCGCUGAUAACAGUCCAUCUGACUUGAAUGAAAAGUUAAAAAAUGUAAGAGCAUUUUUGCUGUCAUUUGUCCCUCUUUUGAAUUUGCAAGAAGGAUGGACUAAAUCAAAAUUGGGUAUUGCUGUUUAUUAUGGUAAUAUUGCUUAUAUGCUCAACAAUCAAUUAUGUUCAUCAAACGCUUGUUGGAAUCAAACCAUAAAUAGUCUUUCUGAGAGUAAUAUUAAUCCGUAUCGGAUAACUGUUCAUAAUUUCACAAGAGGAAUAGAGUUUGUGCACGAUGAGUUUUCGGCGAUUGACGGACAGUUAGGAUAUGGCGUUGCACGAAAAUUAGUUGUUAUUGCAAAUGGAUAUGAAUUUACUACUUGGACGCAAGCCCCAGAAAUUUCCAGACGUUUACACUCUAAAUAUUUUUCCGUGUCGGUAUUGUUGGCAACUCAGAGCAUUAUCACCGAAAACAUGUUUCUCGCUUGUGUUGAUAACAGUUACAAUAUUUAUAAGUUAAAUGGGAUUUCUGAAAUCAAUAACAACGCUAUUGUAAAAAUGACAGUCGACUGGAUUUGUCGAGCAUACAUUGUAACGACUAUGGGUACCACUAUUUUACCGACAAAGCCACAUCUCCCGACUACUGCGAGGACAACUCCUGCACCAGGACAAUUGUCUGAUAGAGUAGAACCGUGCCCCCAAUACAUCGACCUCGCUAUUGUUUUUCAUGCAACCGAGUCGAAAAACUUUUACACACUGUUAUCAUUUAUUGGAGAAGAAUUGAUCGGAACACUGUUAGGUGCAUCAAGAACUCAAAGUAACAGUCCGUAUAACAUUGCUAUUAUGACCUACACUAAUAAUCUGCUAACUGAGAUCGUCGAUUUCACCGGCUAUAAUAACGUUUCCGGCUACAUAAGCCUAUUGAAUCAAACGACAUUUAUAGAACCGCAUACGACGCAAUUGAUUUCCAAUGCUUAUGAUCGAAUUGGUCGUAUGUUUCGAGAGACUGGUCGAUAUUAUGCCAGUAAAGAAAUUGUCGUUAUAACAGAUUUUGUCGACCCCUUUAAUGCAGAAGCAGCAAAGAGAAAAUUUGAUGAAUUACCUAACUGCUAUGUUUUGGGAGUUGAAUUAGAGCUGAAAAAUCGAACGCUCACUGUACCACAUCAUGAACUUCUGCAAAUUGAUAAAUACAGCAGCAUCGAUCGUUCAAAUCAGUUAAGUAGGCGGGAAUAUGGCAAUCAAAUUGCCAGUAAACUUUGCCGAUAUGUUACUCCAAAAACUACAACUCCUGUUCCAACAACAACUACUGGUUUACGAACUCCACCACCACCAGCUGUAACGGCUCGAGAAGUGUGGCCUGAUAUAGCAGUAUUGAUCGAUGUGUCUUCAAAAAUGGGAAGUCGCGAACUUGAGACUGUCGAUACAUUUGAAAAGCUUCAGUGGGCACUUGGAGAAAUGCUCCAAUUUGGAGAAAUGCCUGUUUCACCAGUUCGUGACCUUAACAAAGCACUUUUGACAUUGAUUUCAACGGUUUACGUGGAAACACUUUCUGACUUUAAUGUUUACAAAGAAAAUUUCUUGUGGAUUUUCUUAUCUGGAAGUCCAUUAAAUAACGACUAUUUAACUCCGCUUCGUAAUCUACAAAAAAUGGGAAUUCGAACAGAAGCAAUUGGGUUAGGAGUUGAGGUUGAUAACUGGCACUUAAGUCAAUUUGGAUACACCAGUUUUCAAGUAUCAAACUGGACAGAUGACAUGAUUGGUAUAACUGCUACUGGAGACGAUCUGUCAGAUCAAAUUUACGAUGACACAACCAGCAAAAGAACUCAACCACUUAGCAAAAUUUAUGCAGACUUCUACUUCGUUAUUGACCAGUCAGAUGGAGUUAGUGCCUCUGAUUUUGCUCAUAUCAAAGAGUUUCUUAUUUCUUUCACUGGUCGGCUUUCUAUUGAUACACUGCACUGCGGUAUAGCCAUUAUACCAUUUGAAUCGGAGAUUGUUGGAGGCCAGCAGUUGACUUAUGAUAUAACUGAAUUAAACAGUUAUCUCAACAGUUUAACUUAUACAUCCAGUGCUCAUGCAAAAAGCAAUAUUGGAAGGUCUGUACAAAUGUUUAAGGACUCAUUUUGGAAGAACGGCAAUCGCUCGUCACAUAUAAUUUUUAUCUUAGGAUCUCAACAAACAGUUGGUGCUGAAAUUGUUGCACCUGUUCUUCAAAAUACUGGAAAUAUUUAUGCGAUCAGCAUAAAUCCUAAUGUUGGCUACCUAAACGUUAUCACUGAUAGUGCUUCCACAUUUGUACUUGACAGUUCUGUCAGUCUGCAAAACUGGGUAGAAGAUGUUCGGGCAAAAACAGUUCAGAAUCCAAUGACACAUUUCUUUAUGAAACUUGCUGAUGUUCAAGAAACUUAUAUGCAAUCUCAUGUAAUUCCACUAAAAGAACUGAACGUUGACUUGGUGUUUGCCAUCGAUCUAACGCUCAUCAAAAAAUUCAUUCUUAACUUUGGUAAACAGUUUAACAUUGGUCCAACAAAUACGCAGAUUGCUGCUCAUUGUUAUACAGAUGAAAAUAAUGUGGAAAAUGGCUUUCAUUUUUGGGAAGUUAAAAGUGAAGCAGAUUUUGAAAGAAAGAUUAAUGGAUUAAAGUUGGAAACAAAUGAUGUUCCAUUACCAUCUGAUAUUGCUGGUGCUUUUAUUGAUAUUGCUGAUUAUAUUUUGACUGCUGAAAAUGGGUGGCGAAAGGGACCUACCUAUGUGAUCGCUCUUUCAACUGCGCAAGAGUAUAAUAUUUCCAAGUUAAUUAAUGAUCCAUCGAGAACGGAAGAAGCAAGAAGAAAAAUCUUUUUUAAAGCUCAAUCUUUGGGCUUAAAUAUGGACGGGUUAGAUAAUACUAAUGCUGGAUUUUUACGACUGUUUACUACAGCUUUCUACGCUGUUGUGCCAAACGUUGAAAUGUAUAAAACAUAUAAUUUUCCUGCUCCACCACCAGUGAAAAGCGUAGUUGCAGACUUUGUAUUUAUCAUUGAUCAUUCUUCUAAUAUGACUGCACAACUUUUCGACCACGCGAAAACAUUAAUGAUAGAUUUGAUGCAUGCAGGAACGUUUUUACCGCAAAAUAGUCGUCUUGGUGUUAUACCAUACGAUUCGUUCGGUAUUGUUGAAGAACAGAUUAUUCCAAUUAAUAAACAUUUGAAAGAAAAUGAAACUAUGAAAAACAGUAUUGAAGCAGAUAUACGAAAUAUGCUUGAUUAUAGAGCUGAUUUCUUUCCCAGUAAUAUAACCAGUGCCAUUGAUUACCUGGUGAACAGAGGCAAUGUUUUUGGUUUACGUACCAAUGUACCAGUCUUUGUUACAAUUUUUGCUGCUUCACCUCAGAUCUCAGAUUAUAUACCACAGUCACUGAUCAGCGCAUUUAAUGCUCGACGUUUACUGUAUGCAUUUGAAAGAAAUAAUUUACCUUACAUUGAUCAGUUGUUUGGAUCUCAAAAAGAUACAAGUGUAUCUGUUUCUACAGAUUUUAUACUAGAAGAUACCUAUCGACAAUUUAUUACUACGGGUUAUCAAAGAUGGAUGACAACAUUUGCAACAGUUACAGAGUAA